ACAGGGCUUGCCACUCAACAUUCCCGCCAACACGCAUUUCAUUCUGGUCAGGCAGGGGAACACUGUCUGACAUCUGUUGCAAUAUUGUAAUACUCUUUGGCGCGAUCUUUGUAAUUCACUCCAUUGUACUUGCUGGGAAGAUUUCUCACUCAUUCUACUGUAUACCAGGCAGUUCAGUGACAAAGUAUUGCGUUUCAAGAUUUCGGAGUGUUGAAAUUCUCGUAUUUAUGUAAAGAUGGUUAUGAAGAUAAAUUGCAGACGUUCAGAACUUAAUUUAUUAUGUACGCUUUCUGGAGGACAAAGUUUCAGGUGGCGAGAAGAAAAUGGCAAAUGGAUCGGAGGAUUUGCUGAAAGGAUCUGGAUUUUACAUCAGGAGGAUGAUUUUGUUUUUUAUGAAGUGUAUGAAAAAUCCAGCCAGGGUGAAGGGAGGAAAAACGAUAAAAUUAUAAAUUAUUUAAAGAAGUCAUCUGAUACAGAGUCAACAAAUGCACUUUUGACGAGAUACUUUCGUCUGAAUGAUAUAAAUUUGGAGAAAUCUUACGACGAAUGGAGUUCCAGAGACAAACAUUUCAAAGAUGUCUGUAGCAACUUUCGUGGCAUUCGAAUAUUGGAUCAGGAUCCAGUGGAAAAUGUAUUUUCUUUUAUUUGCUCUUCUAACAACAAUAUAAGUAGAAUUUCAUCUAUGGUGCAGAAAAUGUGUUCUUUAUUUGGUGAAGAAAUCAGUGUAAACGGAAAGAAAUACUAUGACUUUCCAAGUGUGUCAUCGUUAGCUGAUCCUGUUGUUGAGAAACAACUUCGAUCGGCAGGGUUUGGUUAUCGUGCUCAAUAUGUGCAUCAGUCCGCUGUUAAACUCACCGAACUUGGUGGCGAAAAAUGGUUAGAGAACUUAAAGAGCCUCUCCUAUGACGAUGCUAGGCAACAGUUGAUGCUUCUUCCAGGGGUAGGAGCAAAGGUGGCCGAUUGUGUGUGCCUGAUGUCGUUAGGGUUCUUAGGAGCAGUUCCCGUGGAUACCCAUAUAUUUCAAGUAGCUGCUCAGUGGUACUUACCCUCUCUCCGAAAUUCUAAAACAGUAACUCCACGUAUUCACAAAGAAGUCGGAGACUUCUUUCGCCAAUUGUAUGGUCCAUAUGCUGGUUGGGCCCAUACGAUUCUAUUCUGCUCUAGCCUAAAAACGUUUGCUGCACCAACAAAACGAAAGUCCAUUGAAGAAAGCAAGAAAAAACAAACAAAAAAGAAAAUUAUGUAAUUUCUUUCUCCCAAACCAUAUAUUCACCAAUACUGUUCAAGAAGAAAUCAAAUUGUACUUAUUUUUAUUUUGGAUAUUUUAAUCAUGUUUCUGUGAUUUUAUUGUGAAUGAAUUAAAACUGAAAUGAUAUAGGCCACUUGGGCCCAGGGGAAGUGAAAUUGUGCGAAUGUGUAGUAAUUUGAACUAAGCAAAUGCAUGAUCUUGUAUAAUACAUACUAAGAGCUCUUCUGAAUAUAAAUUUACCUACAAUUUACAUUCACACUAUGUGUACAUAAUAUACGAAAAUAUCUUAGAGUAGCGUAUCCGACAUCUAAAACUGAACCCAAGGGUACGGUGCCUCGAUGCAACAAUGCCACAUCGCCUAAAAUCAUACCUAUUCUUACAUUGUCAAGCCACAAUGGACAUUUCUGUCCAUAUUCGAAAACGAAAUCCAGAUUCACGUACAUAUUUUAGUCAUAUUACAGAAGUAUCUUAAUUACUCUUCACUUUCUACCUAUUUGUAAUAAAUUUUCCCCUUAUAUUUAUUGGAAAUGUAUAUCUCAACUCCAUACUGUAAAUAGGCUAUGUGAACAUAUAAUUCCUCAGUAUCAAACCACUAAUUUUGAUGUGUACUAUUUUUAAAAAUUUUUCAAGAACAUUAACAAAAUUUAACUUGAUGCUUAAGUCUUCCGUAUGCUUAUUGUAUGAGAAGUCUCGAUUUCAUAUUCAAGAUGAUAAAAUAGAAUGACGAAAGACAAAUACUUGAAACAAUGGCUGAAGAAUACUAAAGACUGGUGAAAUACGAAGACGCGAGACGGGCGACGAAUUUCGGAGACGAGAGGGAUGAAUUGGAAGACUAAAUGUUGGUAGUGGGAAUGUGCCUUUCCUGAGUCAGAUCCGGUUAUAAGUCGUCACACAUCCGGUAAUAAGUUAUAUAUCCGAUGUAAUAGCGACGGGUGCAGGAGCGAGCUAAAGUAAGUCAUGAGUGAGGGUGACUUAAGCGUGCGAUAAGACGUCAUAUUUGGUGUGAAGUCGGAACAGGAAUAAGUUAGUGUGGGACAAUGAGCUCUGACCCCUAGCUGGGGUGCUGGGAGUGUGCGAUAAGAAGACUCAUUCUGGAGGUCAUAAAACGUCUCCCAUUCCGGGCCCCUAUCGGUUUGACGACAGGGCUGAAAACUCGGACAAUUGUUUUGGACAAUGGAGUGGCGUUGACAUGGAAAAAAAGAGUGCAAGAAGGGACUGGCGCCUUGCUCCGUCACGCCUGCGGGUGUUGUAGAUGUCAUUGAGAACUGAAGCUUUCAAUGAGAGGACAUGCUACCAAAAAUUUCAAAGAGGUAAAAAGUCCCAACUUUUCGUGGAGACGAAUCUCGUAAUCGUGUUGAAUUACGUUCAAGCAGUCGUAGUUGCAUUCUGCCGAGGUUUAUAUGUGAAAAUUCCAGACAUAACCGCUCCCGUUUUGCAUCACUUCGGGAAUGUUACAGCAAAGAGACGUUGGUGUUGCAACCUUGAUGAGCAGCCUCACGAAAACGAUCCGGAAGUGGUCGUGAUCUAUUAUAUGAAUUCAAUUUGAAAAGUAAAGCCCCUUACAAACAUGUCGGAAUAUUGAAAUUAAAUUUUGUCUUCCCACGUGACGCGAGGAGCUGGAUGGUCCAAAAGAAAUUCCUAAUCUUUCGCAAUCCCUUCAAUGUACUGUAACAAUUAGAAGCAAUAUUGCGAUCGCGAUGGGAGCGUGCUUCGUCAAAAUCACAUACAUCUUGAAGACUGAAAAGGAAUCGUGAAUUUGGUACGCUGGAAGGUAGGAUUCGCUUAGCAUUGAUUCACACGAGAUGGGAGCUUUAAGAGCUUCAAAAUCCACUUACACAUGCAUCGGGCAUUCGACGUCUACUGCCGCGCGUAGUUUCUGACGUGAAUGUAUUGUUCUAGUCUAGACAUCGUUAUCAAACGUGUGGGUGAUACGAAAAACAAUCAGCGCAUGAGCCUAGUUCUUUUAAUGGUGUUUUCGAAUUACAUUUAAACACCAGUUGUAAG